AUCCUAUGCAGGCGAUGCUGAAAUCAGGUCUUUCAGUAAAAAGGUGGCCAGGCCGCUCGACCACUUGCAGAAAUGCCCUUCAAUGGAAGCUACCAUCCACGAGAUAUAGAUCCAGCUUCUCAUCGAUUGCCCCAUCAAUAGAAACGUCAAUCGAGGAAGAAACCUUGCCCUAUUAUAAACCUGACGAUUACCAUCCAGUCAGGAUCGGGGACGUGUAUAAUGCCAGAUAUCAGAUCGCGGGCAAGCUCGGCUAUGGGGCGUAUUCAAUAAGUUGGCUAUGUCGGGAUCUCCAGGACAGUAAAUAUAAAGUAUUAAAGGUGUCGACUGCGCUGCCAGAGCAUCCCACUGCAACAGACCGCGAGCUCAAGAUCUACGAGCGUCUUGCGCAGCAUCUUGGGCAAACAGAUUCCAUGCACCCGGGCCAAGCACUCAUUCGUGAGCUUUACGAUACCUUUCAUAUUGAUGGAGUUGUUGGGAAACACAGCUGCCUUGUAUUGCAGCCAAUGCACAUGACGCUUCUUGAGAUGAUGGGACUGAACUCGAGGCCGUUUAAUCUGGAAAUCCUUAAAAUGACAAUGAGCCUACUGCUAACGGUCCUUGACUUUCUACACACUGAGGUUGGGAUUGUUCACACGGAUCUCAAGACCGACAACAUAAUGCUCAGCAUAGGCGACGACACCAUGCUGGCGGAUUUCGCAAAAGCAGAAGCUGAAAUUCCCAGUCCCCAGAAGACAAUCAACCCUUCACGUACCAUUUACAAGAGCCGAAAAUUCCGCCGACCUACCGCUAGCAAGUACGGACUCCUGGUCUUAUGUGAUUUUGGCGAAGCACGUAUUGGAAAGAUACAAGAGUCUGGCCCGUUCGUCCAGCCGCAUAUUUACAGGGCCCCGGAAGUUAUAUUCGAGAUGCCGUGGGGAGGUGCCGUCGAUAUUUGGAAUCUGGCAGGUCUAAUGUGGGAUCUUUUCGAAGGCGAACAUCUCUUUGGGGAUAUAUUCGAUAGCAAAGGCGGUCAUGACCCGUUCAAACAUCUUGCUCUCAUGGUCGCCUUGAUUGGUCCACCUCCAGGUGAAUUUGUCAGACGCAGUGAGACGGCGCAGCAGUGUUUUGACUCUAGUGGCAACUGGAUUGCCCAUGAAGAAGCAGUCGUGCCAGCAGUCUCACUCGACAGCCUAGAGAAACGCCUCUCUGGAACAGAAAAAGAAGCAUUUAUCCGAUUCAUCAGUUCCAUGCUCAGGUGGCUGCCAGAUGAGCGCAAAACUGCCAAACAGCUUCUCGAGGAUCCAUGGCUGCUCUAACUAAUGGUUAACAUCAGCCCUCUUCUCUGUAAGUCAUGGUUUCAAACUCGUGGAACGUUCAAAGCCAGAGGUUGGCUACUGAUUUGCCUAAUAGCCUGGUUUUGGAACCCACAGCCUCCGCUGAUACCACAGGGAGAGGCACGUAGAAAUGCUACUCGAUCAUAAUAAAUAGUAGGCAAAACAAGAGGGCCCUCAAAUAGUGUCUAGCCCCUUAUAUCAAUCCUAAGCCAUAAAUAAAGUCAUUGGCAACGAAGAUAUGGGUGUAUGCAAAAACAAUAUAUUCAUCAUUCAUAUCAAAUAACCAAAUGCAGGACGUAAAACAUCAACAUCAUCAAAUAUGACUCUA